UUCAGUCAAACUAGUGAUUUGGCUAGUCGUGUAAGAAAUGUUUAUUAAAUUAUUUAAAUGAAACCACGGCUCCUAAUAUUUCAUAAAAACGGUUAUUAAAAUCAUAUGAUAAGUUCCGUGCAAGUGAAUAAGUGUCAAAGUGAAUUUGUUGUAACUAAAUGCAGUUCUCAACUUGUGUUUAAUAAUAGUUUUUUUUUCAAUUAAAUUUCACAUUUGCUUUGUAAUAUGAUCGAUUGAAUCUGAAGUAGCAAAAAUCAUUAUGGGGCAAAGUCCGAGCUCUGUGCGGAGUAAGUCUAGUAGGCGAUCUUUUCGCGGCUUUGUAAGGCGGACGAAAUUAAAUAAAUCCAGUUUGAGCCAUACGUUCAACUUGCCGCCGUCUGAGGAGUAUCCGGAGCUGAUGAAUGUGAACACAGCGACGGAGGAACAGCUGAUGACUCUGCCUGGCGUCACCAGACAACUAGCGCGGGAGAUAGUCCGCCAUCGGCAGAUGAUUGGAAGAUUUAAACGCGUUGAUGACCUUGCGUUAGUCUCAGGUAUUGGAGCAGAGAAACUGGAACUGCUAAGGCCAGACAUAUGUACAAAUACAAGAAGGCAGAUAUCUCGAGCUAGCUCAUGCACUCAUUCCUUAGACAGUGUAAGAUUUACAGGUGAAAAUAAAUUAUGCUCUAUAAACUCUUCAAGUGUUUUUCAACUUCAAUGUGUACCCGGUCUUAACCAGGAAAUAGCUGCAAAUAUCGUGGAUUACCGAAAUAAAAAGGGUCCUUUUAAAUCCCUUGAUGAUUUGAUAAAAGUAAGAGGGAUGGAUAUAGUAAGACUGAGUACUGUGAAACAUCACUUGAGUUUAGAGCCAAGGAAAUGUGAGAGUGUUCAAUUAUUAGCCAAUGGGCACACAUUUGGUUGGAAUGAUGAUUCAUUUAAUGAACCAAGUUUGAAUGACGUACCGGAAGUGAGGACACCACAUAGAAAAAGUUUGUCUAUGCCAACCAAAUUGCCAAUAACAUUGCCAAAUGGAUUCGCAACAGCUCCAGUAAAUGAUAUCUUAGAUUUACUGGCUGCAUAUUCUCACCGGCCAGUUGUUGAGGAAUUGUUUACAUAUGAAAGAGAUGGUAUAAAAUGUUGCCGCUUAGCUUCAUGGAAUCUACACCAGCUUAGUAUAGAAAAAAUAACAAAUCCUGGUGUUAGAGAGGUGAUAUGCAGGACUAUUUUGGAAAACAAGUUAUCAAUAAUAGCCAUACAAGAUGUGUUGGAGCCGGCCGCGCUAAAGGUGAUCUGUGAGGAACUGAACAGCCCGGCAUUAAGGCGGGUACGCGAGUGGCGCUGCAACAGUCAUAAGUGGGAUUACUGUGCUAACGACAGAACUGACGGGCCAUCCCUAGGCUUCAUCUACGAGGCGUCACAUAAAAGCGUGACUGUGGAAGAUGUGAGCGUAGACCAGUUGCACCUACUAUCAGAGGCAACGGACGCAAGGCGGCUAAGCGAAGCUCUAACAGCCCUACGGACUGAGGAUUGUCUUGCUUCUCCACAAGUGUUCCUAAUAUGCGGUCGUCCAGUGAUCGUGGUGAAUGUGCAGUGCCGGGGGCCCCUCGCGGGGGAGCAGUGCGCGCGGCUGGAUGGGGUGGCGGCGCUUGCGCUUGACUGCAAGCUUCCAUUAUUCUUCGCAGGGGAUUUCCAUCGAUGGGACAAUGUGCAUUUGUUAAAGAACUGCGAGUCGGUGUUAGAUGAAUCAGUACCGACGAAGGUGGACGCGGCCAGCGAUGGCCAUUGCGCCAUCCUGGCCGCAGGUGGUGUGGCCAGUAGCGGCUGCAAUGGCCACGCGGCGGCCAUCCGCUCCGGACUUAGCCACCUGGCCAUCCCUCGCGGCUGGUCGUGGGGCGGCCCCGCCUCCCCCCACUGCCCGCUCUGGACCGAGCUAAAUGUCCCAGACUGACACAUUGCUAGAGAAUAUUUAAAAAGUUGUCCUUUCUGUAUUCUGUUAAUCCUUUUAACACUUUCCAUUGCUGAGAGUUGUCGGCUUUUCCAACUUUGUGUGCUUAGUUUUAAGUAUAACUUUUCCAUGUAAUUUAUUUAUUAUAAAUCAAUUUUUUUGCAUAGUGCAGUAGUCAACAUUAUAUUUCCCGUUUACUUUCGCGGUUGAUAUAUCAAGGUUGUCAACUUCUGUAUUUUAGUGUAAAAACUGAAAUGUUACCUAUUUAUUAAAUAGAAAAUUGUAAUAUAUUUAAAUUUAUGUAAUUAUGUAAAUAGAUAUUUUUAAAAUAUUAUGGUCUCCAGGGCUUUAUAUUUUCUAAUUCUUGGAUAACUUCCUUUUAUUGAAAUAGCAAUUUUGCGUCCUUUUUAAAUGAUAGGUGUAAAAUAUUUAUUUUAGCGAAUUUAAGGGGCUUAAUUAAGGAAAAAUAUAUUUAUUGAAAGAUAAAAUAUGAGGUAAAUUUUCAUUUGUCAAGAUGAGGUUAUCUGUCAAAAUUAUAUGUCAAAAAUCAAAGAUUAGUUUCUGUCAAAGAUUAAACUUGACUUUUAUUUUAAUUGUUUCUAUCUGGAAAAUAUAUCUGUGCAAAUAAAAUUGAAUUUUCAAUUCAACCUUCAUGUGUAAUGUAUUUAUUAAGACCAAAUAUCGGAGCUGUGUCAAGUUCUCAUAUUAUUAGUAAUUUAUUUACAUAAGUUUUCAUACACUGUAAACAAAUAUUUUCUGAAUAGUCCUUAACAAACGCCAAACAUUUAAUAUUCACAUUUUUAAAUACAAUAUAUAGCUUCCUUUAGAUGACGAUAAGAUGGCUACUGAGUUUGUUUUUUUUUUUUAUUAUAAAAAAAACGAAUACGAUCUCAUAUAAACUAAGACGAAAGUAUGCCAAGAUAUUGUUACGAUGUGACUUUUUUAAAACCAUUUGAGUAUCCUCAUAAAUGUAUAAAUUUAUAUUUUUUUAAUUUU